CACACAUUAUUAAUAUUAGAUUGUAAAAACAAAAUAGCAAAGCAUAGAUAACAGUUUGGCCCAUCUCACUUACAGCAUUCGAGACUUUUCUCUCUGGAUGUUAUUAAUAUUGUUUCUAGAAUGUUGUUAGAUACUAACUUUAUAACCUGUAUACCUGAUUUCGAUGCCUAUGCAAGCUUAGCAGGGCUGAGAACCAUUGUUGGUAUUGCUGGUACCUAACUGCUGUUACGACCCUCGGCAGCAUGACUCCAAUUCUAUGCUUGUUUAUUUUCAAAGUAUAUGCAUUAGUAACUUACUUUUUAUUUUCUCUUUAAUUUGUUCUUUACGCAUUAGACUACAUUUUACUCUUAUGUUGGUUUUGUUUCAUGUUUUGUUAUGUUGAAACAGACUACAUGAUUGCGGGGCCCCCCAUGAGUUUCGGUAUGAUGAAAGGCGGUAUGAAUGCACCGCCGCCGCACCAUAACCAAUACCAGUACCACCACCCGCAAUACCAAGGUGGUCCCUCGCUGGGCCACCCGGGGGGGUACGGCGGCUGGCCACACAGUCCACAGCAACAGCGUUUCGGUGCAGAGGGCGCGAGGCGCGCCGCCGGGGCCGCGGUCGGUGGCACCGCCGCCCAGGCCGCCAAGGACGAUAAGACCAGUCCGUUUGUAUCCACGGUACAUUCACAUCCUGGAUUUCAGCCGCAGAAGAUCGGCAAGGGUGCCGGCGCGGGUGCCGGUCUGCCAAAACCCCCAAAGCCACCAGAAAAGCCCUUAAUGCCCUACAUGAGGUACUCCCGCCGUGUAUGGGAUACCGUAAAAGCGGCUCAUCCCGAUCUAAAACUAUGGGAGAUAGGCAGAAUUAUAGGGGGCAUGUGGCGAGACCUACCUGAGACAGAAAAGGCUGGAUAUGUUGAUGAGUAUGAAGCCGAGAAGGCGCAGUACACAGAAAUGUUGAAAGCUUACCAAUCCUCGCCCGCCUACUUACAGUGGCUGGCUCACAAGUCUAGAGUAGGUAACCUCGAGGAGGAGACCUCUAGCAAGAAGGGCAGCUCACAGAAGGAACAACAGCAGCAGGACAGAAGAAUUGAUAUACAGCCUGCUGAGGAUGAGGAGGACCAAGACGAAGGCCUCUCAGUGAAACACGUGGCGUACGCCCGGUAUCUGCGCAACCAUCGCCUGAUCAACGAGAUAUUCUCCGACACUGUCGUGCCGGACGUACGAUCCGUCGUCACCACGGCAAGGAUGCAGAUCUUGAAGAAGCAAGUGCAGUCUCUAACGAUGCACCAGAAGAAGCUGGAAGAUGAACUGCAGCAGAUAGAAGAGAAAUUCGAAGCUAAGAAGCGCAAGUUUAUUGAGAGCAGUGAAGCCUUCCAGGAGGAACUUAAAAAGCACUGCAAACCGGCAGUUGACGAGGAGACGUUCUCCCGUAUGGUGGAGCGAGCUAUGGAGCAGAUGCGGCGUGGUAUUACCUCCACUCAACCACUUGUUCCACUAAAUUCUGUGCCUCAAGAAAGAAAGGAUGAACCAAUGGAUCAAGACCAGCCCCAAGUGAAGCCAGAAACGAACGGCCCCAACCUCCCCACCCAAGUGGAUAAGGUGUCCACUACCGAAGUGAAACCAGAUAGUGUCACAACUGAACUGAAGAACGAGCCAGAAGCUAAGGAGAAGGAACCAGAAGAACCAGCUACUAACGGCGGACCUGAGAGUGAAGGUGAACGCAAAGAAGAGAAACCUGCACCUAAGUUGGAUAAUAAAGAAGUAGCUCCUCCCGUCGGCCCCGUAAUCCCUGGCGCCCCUGGUGCUCCCGUAGCUCCUGGAGGUCCUGUCGCUCCUGGAGGCCCUGGAGCCCCUGGAGCUCCUGGAGUCCCUGGGGCCCCUGGAGCCCCCGGAGGCCCUGGAGCCCCUGCGACCCCUGGCACCCCGGGAGCACCCGGCGCUCCGCCCGCCCAGCAACCCGCGCACCCACCGCACAUGACAUCCCCGCCGCAUCACCCUAUGAUGAUGCCGCCAAACCCUAACGCGCCCGCCCAUCCUGGCCCACCACCUCAUGGCGGACCACCACCACCUCCAGGAGCUUAUGGCGGUGCAUACGGCGGCCGUUACUACGGAGGUUACGCAGGAGCGUUCGGCGGGGCGUACGGGCACGGCGCGUACUACGCGGGCGGCGCGGGGCACGGCACGCACCCCGCGCCCGACCACUACGCGCCGCACCACGCCAUGCACCACCACGCACAGACACACCACGCACACGACGCCAAACAGGAAGAACCACAACCAAAAAAAGAAGGUGAAUGAUCGUCACCAAAACGCGUCGUCAAGAGACGGCGCAAGUCCUCGCCGAAGGACACGCAGUGAAUCGCUCUCGUGUAACGAGACGUCACUGCUUAGAACAACAUUCUAUGGACUCAAAAUGAACCUACAGAUAAUUGACUGUUAUCCAAGUGUAAUGUGUAUUUUAAAGGGUUUAUUUUCCAUACUUUAAGUGCAUAAUCAAGCAAAAUUCACCCUUACGACUUAGGUCACUUGACAUGGUAUAAUAGUUUUCCAAAUAGCCUAAAAUUUACUGUCGCCCAACUUAAAAUAGUUAUAAAAGCAAGGUUCAAAUGAAAUUGAACCUUACUAACUUAAAUUUGCAAACCUAUAUAGAAAAACUUGGUUAAAACUAGUAGAAUCUUGUACUACAUACUUUGUAAUAGUUUACUUAUUUAAAGUUGUAAGUUUUAAGACAUGAAUAAUUGUUAAAGGCAGAUGUUUUAUAUGCAGUUAGGUAUGUAUAUUUGUAAUAACUAGGUACUAUUAUUACGCGCUAUAAGGCAAUGGGUAGGUUAUCCAGUGAUCCAGAAUAGUUAGGCAGUGCUGAAACUUCUGAUAUUUUGAGAAUGCUCAGCGCUGACUCCAAUAUAUAAACAUGGGAAUGAUGUCAGCUUAUAAUUUC